CGACCACCGCGCCCGCCCUGUCCACCACCAACGGCACUAGGAGCCACCGCACCUCCCGAGGAGAGCUGCACCGAAUCCGCACUCUCACUCUCCCGCCUGAUCGCGCACUCCCUGGUGCAACAGCACCUGCUUGGGGCGAAGGCUCCCACUCCCAGAUCCCGCUAUGGCUUCCUCAUCUAGCCCCUCGAUGCUCACCAAAUUCGAGUCCAAAUCGUCGCGCGCAAAGGGCAUUGCCUUCCACCCCAAACGACCAUGGAUCCUCGUUUCGCUACACUCGUCGACCAUCCAGUUGUGGGACUACCGCAUGGGAACCUUGAUAGACCGCUUCGAGGAGCACGAUGGCCCCGUGCGAGGCAUUGACUUUCACAAGACACAACCGCUGUUCGUGUCAGGAGGAGAUGAUUACAAAAUCAAAGUAUGGUCAUACCAAACACGAAGAUGUCUCUUCACCCUGAAUGGCCAUCUCGAUUAUGUCCGUACCGUCUUCUUCCACCACGAGCUGCCAUGGAUUAUCUCGAGUUCGGAUGAUCAGACUAUCCGCAUCUGGAAUUGGCAAAACAGGUCGCUGAUUUGCACCAUGACCGGACACAACCAUUAUACCAUGUGCGCACAAUUCCACCCCAAGGACGACUUGGUCGUCUCUGCCUCGCUGGACCAGUCAGUAAGAGUUUGGGAUAUUUCAGGUCUGCGCAAGAAGCACUCUGCUCCCACAUCCAUGUCGUUCGAGGACCAGGUCGCUCGAUCAAAUCAACAGCAGGCGGAUAUGUUUGGCAACACCGAUGCGGUGGUGAAGUUCGUUUUGGAGGGGCACGACCGAGGUGUCAACUGGGUCGCUUUCCAUCCUACACUGCCUUUGAUCGUCUCCGCUGGUGACGACAGACUGGUGAAGCUGUGGCGCAUGAGCGAGACCAAGGCAUGGGAAGUGGAUACAUGCAGAGGGCACUUCCAGAACGCAUCUGCAGCUCUCUUCCACCCACAUCAGGACCUGAUUUUGUCCGUGGGUGAGGACAAGACCAUUCGCGUUUGGGAUCUGAACCGACGAACUUCGGUGCAGUCUUUCAAGAGGGAGAAUGAUCGUUUCUGGGUUAUUGCGGCACAUCCGGAAAUCAACCUCUUCGCUGCUGGCCAUGACAACGGUGUAAUGGUCUUCAAGCUUGAGCGUGAACGGCCAGCUUCUGCUGUUUACCAGAACAACCUCUUUUACAUCACCAAAGAGAAGCACGUCCGCUCGUACGACUUCACCAAGAACGUCGAAAGCCCUUCGAUGUUGUCACUAAAGAAGCUCGGCAAUGCAUGGGUUCCUCCACGAACAUUGUCCUACAACCCUGCUGAACGCUCGGUCCUCGUCACUACACCCGCUGACAGCGGAACCUACGAGCUCAUGAGCCUGCCACGCGACGCUUCUGGAGCUGUGGAGCCCACGAGCACCCAUCGUGGCAAUGGUAAUUCCGCAGUCUUUGUGGCACGAAACCGAUUUGCUGUCUUCAAUGCGCAGAACCAGCAAAUCGACAUCAAGGAUCUGCAGAACUCCACCACAAAGACAAUCAAGCCCCCAGCUGGCACGACUGAUAUGGUCUUUGGCGGUACUGGUUGCUUGCUGCUGAUCGCACCGACACAUGUCUACUUGUACGACAUCCAACAGAAAAAGCAACUCGCCGAGCUUGCAGUUUCGGGCGUCAAGUACGUCGUGUGGUCCUCGGACGGCUUGCACGCUGCUCUCCUCAGCAAGCAUAAUGUCACAAUCGUGGACAAAUCGCUCAAGCAGAUCAGCACGCUCCACGAGACGAUUCGAAUCAAAAGCGCUACUUGGGAUGAUGCUGGUGUCUUGCUCUAUUCGACCCUCAACCACGUCAAGUACGCGCUGAUGAACGGUGACAACGGCAUUGUUCGCACACUUGAACAUGUUGUAUACCUUGUUCGCGUCAAGGGACGCAGCUUGUACUGUCUUGAUCGCGCCGCGAAACCCAAGAUCCUUACCAUCGACCCAACCGAGUACAGAUUUAAGCUGGCUCUGGUCAAGCGACAUUACGACGAGAUGCUCAACAUUAUCAAGACCUCGAGCUUGGUCGGUCAGAGCAUCAUUUCGUAUCUUCAGAAGAAGGGCUACCCAGAGAUUGCGUUGCAAUUCGUGCAAGAUCCAACAACACGUUUCGAUCUUGCUAUCGAAUGCGGUAAUCUCGAUGUUGCAGUAGAAAUGGCACAACAGCUUGAUCGUCCAAAGCUGUGGCAACGUCUUGGCGCGGAGGCUUUGGCACACGGCAACCACAAGAUCGUCGAGAUGACAUAUCAGAAGCAGCGAAAUUUCGACAAGCUCUCGUUCUUGUACCUCACGACUGGCGACCAAGAGAAGCUCAACCGCAUGGCAAAGAUCGCCGAACAUCGCGGCGACAUCACGAGCCAAUUCCAGAACUCGAUAUACCUCGGCGAUGUGCAAAGCCGGAUAGAGAUGCUGAAAGAGGUUGACCAGUACCCACUCGCAUAUGUCACGGCAAAGUCGCAUGGACUCGAGGACGAAGCACAGGCUAUUCUGGAGGCGAGCGGGUUGUCCGAGGAAGAGAUCAAACUACCAACUCUUGGAAAGCCCAUUGCCCCACCCAAAGCUGUCACUCCUACAUUCCAAGGCAAUUGGCCUACCAAGCCAACAGGCACCAAUGCGUUCGAGAAGGCCCUCACUGCGGAAGAUGGCGACGCCGUUGUAGAUACCAAUGGCUACGGAGAAGAGGACUUACUCGGAGAAGAUGCAGCUGCUGCAGCCAAUGGCGCUCUGGAUGAAGCAGGAGACGAUGAUGAUGCAGCGGAAGGCUGGGACAUGGGUGAUGAAUCGAUUCCGGAGGUUGAAGAAGACUUUGUCAAUGUCGAGAGCGCAGAAGCUGGUGCUGGCAGCAGUGAAGCCGAUCUCUGGGCACGCAACUCGCCUCUAGCAGCUGAUCAUGCAGCAGCGGGCAGCUUCGACACCGCUAUGAACCUGCUCAACCGACAAGUGGGAGCUGUCAACUUCAAGCCUCUCGAAGCGCGAUUCUUGGAGAUCUUCCAAGCCACUCGCACAUACCUGCCCGCCAACUCUGGACUGCCACCACUGGUCAACUAUGUUCGCCGAACACUCAACGAGACCGACUCGAGAAAGGUCCUACCCCUCAUUCCCCGCGAUCUGGAAUCAGUGCUUUCUAUCGAGAUUGCCAACGGCAAGAACGCGAUGAAACUCAACAAGCUCGAAGACGGCAGAGCGACAUUCAAGAAAGCGCUGCAACUGCUCAUGGUCAAUGCCGUGUUAUCUCAGAGCCAAGCUCAAGAAGCCCUCGCUGCCGUGCAACAAGCUGCACAAUACGUGCUUGCGAUGUCCAUCGAGCUUGAGCGAAGGACGCUGACCGGUGGCUCCACUGACAUCAGCAGCUUCGACGAUGCCACGAAGAAGCGAAGUCUUGAGCUGUCUGCUUAUUUCACAGUUCCCGAGAUCGAGCCCCAACAUCAGACCCUGGCACUCUUCUCCGCGAUGAACUUUGCCAACAAGAACAAGCAGCUGGGAAGUGUGCUCAACUUUGCAAACGCCUUGAUCGAGCGCGGCACCAACAUCAAGUUCAAGGAAACCGCGCGAAAAUUGAAGGCUGUUGCCGAACGCUCACCUACCGAUGCCAUUGAGAUCGAAUACGACACAUACGCCGAAUUCGAGAUCUGCGCUGCCUCUUACACGCCCAUCUACGCUGGUGAGGCCAGCUCAAGCUGUCCCUUCGAUGGUACGAAAUACCACACGAAAUACAAGGGCACGGUCUGCAAGGUCUGCGAGGUGUCAGCAAUCGGUGCGCCAAGCAGUGGUCUGCGUUUGACGGUAUAGCGAGUACCAAUAGAGGCUAUUUCGUGGUGGGUGAAUCCUUUCUGCUUUGAGCAGAAAGCAGCUUCUGGCGUAUGGUGUCAUCAUGCCAGCUUUUUGACUAACUGGCUGGGAGGAAAAGCGAGAGAGGGACACGAAUCUAGAGGAGUCGCGACUGAAGCCGGGUGCUGGGUUGGACUUGAGAGUUAGCGAGCAUGGUGUUUUCUGUAAACGUCUUGUUUGAUAUGAAGAAAGUGGAAAUACCAAAGCUUUGAUCGCUUCUCAGCGUGCUGGUUCUGGCACUGGAGAGGUAAGUUUUGCAGCACAAGCUCGAAUCGAAUGAACCAUACCAAACACACAGGCACCGC